UUCUACGGACCUCUUCACCCCUUGUUUUGCCCCUCUUGGUCGGACAAGAGUCCUCUCGAAAAAUGGCUUUUCACUUCUUUAAACCGAUUAAAAGCAAGCAAAUGCAUUGAACUAGACUCGGGGACGCUUGAUGCAUUUUGUUAUUGAUCUAAACUUGGCGACGCGCUUGAGUCUAGAAGUAUUUUGUUUAAUACUGUUCAUAACCUCACUUUUUACAAUAGACGGAGACCCAUUGCUUUUUCAGUUAUGACGUGAGGUUCGUGUGUACUCAGGUUCAUGCGCCAAAAACUCUUCUGACCUUGAAAAGAUGGGAAAUUGUCGGUGGCUUAUUCGUAUUGGAAACUUUUUACUUUCUUUAGGGGAUGGGGUCGGGAGCUACAGGUGCCCCGCUUUUUCUUGCCUUUUUUAUCUUUAAUUACCGAGUGCUUUAUCGAUGACUGGACUUGCGACAAAAAUUCAUUGCUUUUUCUUAACUCUAAAUUUCAUGAAGAGUUAACUUUCCCCUUAACCUCUUCUUCUACUCCUUUAAUUUUUUUGCCCCCUUUUUCCUUUCAAAGUUUUCUGGACGGAAAUUAAUUUGAAAGGAAAGUUUGACAAGGCGCACUAUCGUCUUGAUAAUACGUGGGUGUUUGUAUUGAAAAUGACAGGGAGCUGUGCAUUCAUGAGUUUGUUCUUACUACUUGGUCACAGGUGUUACAGUUCUUCACCUAUUUUACAUUCUCUAUCUUGAGAUCAUUGAAGACAAACCUUUUAAUAGAACUUCCGAGUGCAAAAUACAGGCUUCACUGCAACUAUGAUGCCUGAAACGAAUAUGCAAAAUCUAUAAUUACUUAUUGCGCAUGGGCUUACUUUGGGAACUUGACAACAAUUUGACGAGGUUUGUGGAGAGGUUGUGCACUAUUGAAUGACAAAUACAGUAAUCGCAGGAUGUGUGACUCAUUGGUUAUGCCGUCUGCGCUGAGACGAAGCGAUUCUUCAUCUGAAUAUUCACGUCUUGGCGCAAGUUAUUGUGAUUCAGAAUUUCAGGCUGAUGUUCUGAGUGAGCUUCAUUGUGGUGACAUAUCCAUAAGGGUGAGAAGUGUUACGGAAGAGACAGAAAGAAAUUUGUCACAUGAACAAGGAAACAGUGCUGCUCUCAGCAGAUUUCAACUUGAACAGGAUAAUUUGACAUCUCUACAGGUGCAACAAUUAGAAAACCAGCUACUAGAAGAGGUGGAACUUCAUGCAUUCCUUGAAAAUGUACUCGAGAGAAAUGUCAUCAGAUUUUCUGGUCCAGCAAAUCUCCCUCAUCAUGUCCAAGGGCUUCUCUCAGAUAUUGCUCAACUGGAAAGUACAAUCUCAAAACUUGAAAAUGAGAUGGUAUCUUUACAUUUCCAACUCAGUCAAGAAAGAAAUGAACGGAGACUUGUGGAGUAUCGUUUGAGACAUUUACCUUCUCAAUUAACAUUUCUUUGUUCGUCAGAAAUUUUGAGUACGCCGAUGUCAUAUUCUUUAAGGUCUUCAAAGCAAUUUGAUUGUGAAGGACUUCAGCUUGCUGAAAGGUGCUUUGACCAAGUGCAAAAAGCUCAGUCAUCCAAGCAUUCUUGUGAAGGAGAAGAGCCAAUGAUGGAGAAUGCAGUGCGCUCAGUUUUGUUUUGCUGUGAAAAAAAUGAAUCUACAAAGAUAGAUGGCAAAUAUUGUCAGCCUGCAGAUUUCAGGAAGCUUCCUAAAGGGAUGCCACCAAAGGAACUUUGGAAUUGGCCUAAUUUGUUAUCAGAAGAAAUGGUCAGAUGUAUGAAAAACAUAUAUAUCUCUCUUUCAGAUUCUGGUAUAUCUAUGAAGUCAUUUAUAGAAGACAGUCAGUACUCAACUCAGUCACCAUGCGAACAUCUUCCUAAUUCAUUGAGGUGGUCAUCAUCUGAGCACUCAACAUCCUCAUCAUGGGUGCAGAGCCCACUAGUUGAUGUAAAGGAUUGUGAUGUAUUGGCUUCUGGGAAUGCCUGUGAUCCCUAUCAUGUUCGUGGUAAAUUGAGUUGGGCUGAUAUUGGAAGUUAUGGAUCAGCAAUUGAAGUAUCUUGGAUGUCAGUGGGAAAAAAGCAAUUAGAGUAUGCUGCUGGGGCACUCCGGAGGUUUAGAUUGCUCGUUGAACAAUUGGCCAAAGCAAAUCCCAUCCAUUUGACCUCCAGUGAGAAACUUGCCUUCUGGAUCAAUCUGUAUAACGCAUUGAUCAUGCAUGCUUAUUUGGCUUAUGGAGUCCCAAGAAGUGACUUAAAACUCUUUUCUUUGUUGCAAAAGGCUGCAUAUACUGUGGGGGGUCAUUCUUUCAGUGCAGCUGCAAUUGAGUAUGUGAUUCUGAAGAUGAAGCCGCCACUUCAUAGGCCUCAGAUAGCAUUGCUUCUUGCCGUUCAAAAGUUCAAAGUGUCAGAGGAGCAAAGGAAGUUUGCAAUUGGUAACCACGAGCCUCUAGUGGCUUUUGCUCUCAGCUGCGGAAUGUAUUCUUCACCUGCGGUCAGGAUUUAUACAGCUAAAAACGUGAGGGAAGAGCUUGAAGAUGCACAGCGUGAUUACAUUCGUGCAGCCGUGGGAGUAAGCAGCAAGGGGAGAUUGUUAGUGCCCAAAAUGCUUCACUGCUUUGCCAAAAGUUUUGCGGAUGAUGCAAGUUUGGCAGUGUGGAUAUCCCAUUAUCUUCCUCCUUCACAAGCUGCCUUUGUGGAGCAAUGCAUGUCCCAGAGGCGCCAGAGCUUCCUCGGUUCACGCAACUGUGCCAUACUUUCCUUUGAUUCCCGUUUCCGCUAUUUAUUCCUCCCUGAUACAGUCCCCUCCUCCACCACUCCUUGAAAGCUGAACUGAAACUACGUCACUUUGGAUCAGCCAAGGACGUUUCAUUUCAGAGAUGGCCAGCUGGAGGCCUUUUUUUUGUUAACCCCCAUCACAAUGCAAAACCAUGAUCUUGUGAGGUUGGAAUUUGAGCAUGUAUAGAUAAAACAGGGAAAAAAAGGGUUUUUGUUUUGUUUCAUGUGUUGGGGGGGGGGGGGGUUGGUUCGGCGGGGGAGUAAAUCCUGCUCCCAUUCACAUGGAGGUUCCUGAGGGCGGGGCUUAUUUAUUUGAGCAAGAUCCUAGUGGAUCUCUUUAGUUCUUUGACGAAUAAGAUCCCUGGAUCUGAUAUGAAAUAUUAGAAUGCAGCACCUAGUGCAUAUUUUGCCCUUUACCCUUACGGUCAUCACAUCUCAUGUGUUACUAAUCCAUGCAUCAUGCCUUUGGUUCCAUUCGGGGUGCCAUUAAAUUAA